AUGUCGCUUCCCGGACUUCAAACCUACCGGUCAGACCCCUUGGCUGCAGUACAUGACCUUUGCAACGGCUUUGCUGUUGGUGUUGUCUUUUGGCCGCUGGUGAUUGGCCACGCCGUGCUUGCCAAAGUUCCAGCCUUUGUGAGUAUAAACACAAGUAUUUCUUCACCAUUCAUCUACUUGGCUUUGGGUAGCUUACCUCUACUUUCAGUGCAAUCUGGAUCAACUGCUGCCCUGUGCUUGGGUGAACUGAUCGAGUCGCGCUUUGAUGCUGAUGAGGCUGUUGAUUUGGCUGCUGGUAUGGCUUCCAUGAUGGCUGUCCUUGUGGGUGCCAUGCACUUAGCCUUGGCUAUUCUGGACUUGGCUGCAGUGGUGGAACUAUUUUCUCAGCCGUUGCUUCGCGCACGCACGGGGGCAGCAGCACUGGUGGUGAUUUUAGCACAGGCUGAAGUCCUCUUUGCGGUGAAAUUGAACGAGAAACCGAAUUCGCCUCUCUUGCGCUUCUGGAAGACUUGCAAGGCAUUGCCACAGCAAGUUCACUGGCCAACAUUUUUGCUCUCCAGUUGCCUGUUGCUUGUGCUGAUCUUGUGCAAGACCCUGGGUCGUUGCGGUGCUUCAGACAAGCUGAAGGAACAGCUGGACGUGGGAUGUUGUCGCAGACGAUGUCGCUCCGCGCUGCGAUUCAUGUGCCGCUCUUUCAACGCAGCUGGUAAUCUGAUCGUUCUUGUCAUAGCGGGUGUGGUGAUUCAAUAUUUUGCUGACAUCAGUGCGCUAGCUGACUUUGAGGAGCCUAGUCCGCGCUGGGCGUUUUCUGGAUGGAGCUUGGACCAGAUGUCUGCUGCUCUCCCCACUGCUGUGUUGACAGCUUUCCUGUCAUUAGGCAGCCAUCUCACGGUCGCACAGCGCGUGCGUCGAGAAAGUGAUCCCUGGAUGCCGCGGAGAGAGCUUUUGGCGCUGGGGGGCAGCAGUUUGGUGGCUGCGUCCAUUGGGGGCAUGCCUGUUAUGGCCAAUUUCGCCGUGUGUCAGGCCCUUCAAAGCAACCAUGGCUUUCUGGCCACCAUUGGCAACGUAUUGGGUCACUUAGGGGCAUUCUACUUGGUGGCCAAGCUUUCUCUAAGCAUCCCCAAAUGUGCAGUCUCUGUGAUCUUACUGGUGGAGUUUUCUCCCUUGUUUCGAAGCUUACCUUCAGAAUUGCGGCACUUAUAUGGACAAGCACGCAACAGCGCCAGAGGAGAUGCUCAGAGUAGCUUUCUGGAAGUCUUCGUAGCAAGUGACCUCGGAAUUUACCUGAUGGCGUUCUUCUCGCCCUUGAUCUUUGGCAUCGUCAACGGUUCUGUCAUUGCAAUUUUGUUUCAAAUCGUUGUGUCCAUAUCCAGAUUUGCUGGUCCGGGCUUUGUGCAUAUUGGCCGAAUCCCGGGCACAGAGACCUAUGACGAGUUGCUUCCGGGCUCUGCAGUUGCUCCCAUCCCGAAGAUUAGCAUCACGCGGCCCAUGGGUCCGCGCUGGUUCGGGAACGCCGCCGCCAAUACCCGGGCGGCCCGGGCGGAUCGUCGGAAGCUGAACAGGGAAGUGCUGGUGGCCAUUGCAGAUUGGCGCAUGGUGCCAUUCCUGGAUGAAACGGCGCUGGCUCACUACAAGGAGUCAUGGUCCAAAGUGGACGUGAAGGUCUUGGUGACAAAUGCUUGUGCGAAUGUCAGGCGCCAGAUUAAGGAAUCUGGACUUGGCGAUCUUCUUCAGCAAACAGAGGAGACACUUGUCGACCUACAUGCUGCAGUUUUAUGGGCAGAAGAAUACAUCAGGCAAGUUGAGUCCAGCCGCACAGUGAUCGGAGUUCGUGAGCGCGCCACUUCAACCUUCGAUGAGUAG